AAAAUACCUUCUCUCCCACCCCCCUCAAACACGCUCCCACCCCCUCCUCUCCGGUUUCCAUGGCGACAGGGUAGCGCGCAGGUCCAAGCGGUCAGUGCAUGCGAUUACCAGAAAGUGGGCUCUCUGUGGACGAGCAAAGGAACGUGUACGACUUCUCUCACGCGCAAAAAGUGGACGGACUUGGAGGUUCUCAGAAACGAGGAGCAGCCCAAGUUGAAAAAAAAGAGUAACUUGUCACUUCAUCUAUCACGCGGGCCUUACUUCAUUGGUCCGAUCAGCGACCACGUGACCGCUUCCAUACACCCCUCUUUUCUACCCCGUCCGGCUCUACUGCACUUACACACACACGCACUCCGUACAGCUCGCGAACUCCUAUAUUUUUCUGUCAACUACAGUUGGAGCAGCAUGAUUCCUCAUCCAUUUAUUUUCCGAUUUAUCUGUACCAAAGCCAGACAGCUAAUUUACUACAGCGCUUGAUUCUCUUUCAGUAAGCAGCGGCGCGUUUUGUGAAAGGAAAGAAGACAAUAAAAAUAUUAAAGAAAAAAGUGCUUUUUUUUUUUUGAAGGAUUCAUAAUUGCUGAAGAAAUAAAAAAAUAAAAAGAAAGGUGUUUUGAAAGAUGAUGAUGAACAGCACCAACGCUGUUUACGGCGCUUGUCCGCAACAACCUCCCAUGCUGGAUUACGGCGGGAACGGCGAUAGUAAAUUGUUUUACGGCGGUGGGGAUACCAAGUUGUUCUACGGCAGCAGUGACCAACCCCACUAUGGAUAUUCCGAACCAGCUGAACCACCGACUAGCCACUUGCCCCACCAGAUAAUUAAUGAACCUAAUGGACUAAGCUACACUAAUUUGGACGCUAAUGCUAGUCAGGCUGCUGUCUACGGCGGCAGCAGUACUGUUCAUCGCCAGCACCAGCCUUAUUGUCAGCAGCAGUACUUUUCUGCCUACGACUAUGAUAUACCUGCCAACGCUGAAUACAUGCCUGGAUAUCACCACAAUCCAUCUUUUCACAGCAUGCAGCAUCAGCAACAACAUGCGGCCAGUAUGAACAGGAGAGCCGGCAGUGUGUACGGGUCUCCGUACGGUGAUACCUACGAACCUCAACACCCCGUCCCAGGCACUGAGUGCCAGCAAGUAAAUGGGGUUAAUCCGUAUCAUAGGACAGCACCUCAGCAACAGCAACAACAUCCAGUGCCCACCUACAAAUGGAUGCAAGUUAAAAGAAGUGUACCUAAGCCUGUUCCCAAGACGGAAUAUGGUUACAAUACAGGAACGCCCACGUCCAACCCUAAUACUGCCAACUUCUCCGGAAGUUCAUCUAUAUCCGGUAACUCUAACCACAACGGAUCAGGGUCUGGCAGGACAAACUUCACCACCAAGCAGCUCACCGAACUGGAGAAAGAGUUCCACUACAACAAAUAUUUAACCCGAGCUCGUCGAAUCGAGAUUGCAUCAUCCCUUGGACUCAAUGAAACCCAGGUCAAGAUCUGGUUCCAGAACAGACGAAUGAAACAGAAGAAACGCAUGAAGGAAGGCCUCGUACCCACUGACAUAGGGUCGACCAAAGAGAACAGUCCCAACUGCAGCACACCGACCCAUCACAGUCCUGGUAGUGGAGCAACGUCUCCACUGUCAUCAAAAGAUGCUAAUCAGUGACCAAGGGUCUCUUGACUACUUGACUUCGAUUUUCUGUCGUCAAGCAAGGACCUGUACAGAAAGAUGCUAGUGAGAAUAUAAAGGCGAUACAAUGGCAGGAUUCUUCUGCCUAGAGACCCCAUAUUGUGGAUAAGUACUGCAUCUAAUGGGGAAAAGGGUUCCUAUUUUUUGUAAGAAUUUUUUUGUGUUAAUCCGUCUACCAUAAACGGAAUGCUGUGUGGGUUGCAGUUUGAACCACCGACUAUUUCAUCUCUUAGUGUCUUCAUACCAUUGGUACCAGACCUUAAAGCUGCCUCCCCUUUAAGAAAUCUCUUCAGUUUGUAUUACUUUCUUCCCUUUUAGUGGUAAAAGUUGUUCAAAAUGUAGCGAUAAAUGAAACCUUUUGAGUGAAUUCUUUUACCUUUUUAUGUUAACAAAUAUUGUUGUGGCAUAGUAUGAAAUCAGUAGGAAGUAAAUUAUUUUGGAAACGAAUCAUAUUCUUGUGGAGUUUUGUGCAUACACUGAAGAAAUUACAAUGUACGCAGCUUUGAAAAAUAUAGAUUUAUUUAAAGAAUUUUUCUUUAUUUUAGUGACAUUAAUAUUUGUAUUUUUACAGCGUUUGUUGAAAAUCAUGAUCUCAGUUAAUCAAUUAAAGCUUUAAGCUCAAAAAUAUUAGCAAGGUGUAUAUAUAUAUAUAUAAAAACUAGUUUUAACAGCUGGAAAUUCGAAUUUUAAAAUUAACUUUUAAUAUGAAGAUUUCGCUAAAUUUUUCUUAAACAAGAAAUUAUUUAUAAAGAUAUUAGAAAAAAUCCAACUUCCAAAAAAUUAAAAAAAUAUAUCGUCAGAGUAAAUUUCAUCCCCUAAAUAUAAAAUCAUAUAAUGUUUUUAAUAAGUAAAUUAAAGUAUAUAUGAUUUGUAGAAAGCAUAUGUACUUCUUUUUCAUUCAUUUUUGUAAAUCGUUAUAGCUUUCAUAAGCCUUAAUUUUACCUUGAAGUGGAGGCAACUUUAAGUGUAUUAAAGUUUGAAAAUGCUGUCAUAUUUUAGAUGCACAUUGAUGCGUUUCCUAAGCCUUCUUACUGUACCAGAUGUAUAUAGUAUAUGAAAAUUAUUUCCAUGUUAUAUCUAAGGAUGUUGCAAUACAUAGGUUUGUCCUCAAGUGUGGUUUAAAGGAAGAUAAAUGGAAAGAAAAUUGAAAGAAUGUAUAUUAUGUGCUUUUUAUAUAUUUUUAUGUAUAUCUGUAAAAGUACAACUCAUUUAAUAUUCUCUAAUUUUUUGCUUUGAUAUAAUGAUGACUAAGCUAACCAUUUUUAAAAAUAAGGUGUAAUUUUAAGGAAAUGCAAUUUAAUUUCGCUUUUAUUUGAAAAAAAAAGACAAAUAAGAUAGCUAAUUUCAGGUAUAAAACAAAAACUGUCUUCUAAUCUAUUUAUGUAUUUAUUAAAUUCAGUUUUUGUAAUAUCAGUUGAUCCAAUUUGAAAUAACUACCUCUUUUGGUGUUUAAAUAUUUUAUUGCAGGGAUUUUCUAUAUAUUGAUUCAAUUGAACCCAAUCGAUCUAUAUUUUGAACGAAGAAGGACUUACCAAAGACUUUGUCUUCAUACAUUUUUCUAUUCCUGACUGCAUUUAAGUUAAAACGUCAAAAAUAAUUUAAAUUUAAUGUCUCCGUGUGAAUGUAUGUCUUGAGAAAAAGAUUUCACAACUUCAUAUAUGACAGGAUUUUUAAAUAUCCAUGUAAAUUUUAAUAUUUUCUCAGAUUCUAUCAAUAUAAAUGAUCAUGAAAUCUAUGUAUCUAUGUAUGAAAUCGCACACAAAUUUAACUUUAUUUUACAAAAGUUAAUUGAAAUAUUAGAUUACUGAAAUUUUUCUUUAUUUAAAUAACAAUUACAUGAAAAUUGCAUUAAUAUUAAAUUUACGGAAUACUUGUUUUUAAUUUAAAAGCAUGACACUAAUCAUUAAGGCUUUAAACUUAUCAGAAAAAGGAAUAGUUUAAAAUAACAAAUAAUUUAAAAUAUAUUUUCAUGUAUGCCUUACUGUUUUUAAAGAGAAUAUUUAGAAGUACAAUCAAAUUCAUGAUAUUGUAGUCCAUCAUUUAAGUUCAUAAUAUGCAAUGAACUUUGAGCAGCCUUUGGACUUAAUAUGCGCUUCUAGAAAUUUAAAAACUAUAAAAAAUUAUGUAGCAAGAAAAAAAAAUCUUUUGAAUAUAGUUUUAUAGCACAGGAAACCAAUAAUUCGAAUUACAAAAUUUUAAUUACUUUAAAUUGUACUGGGAUUAUAUUAAAUACCAUUCGAUUGAAGCAAAUAUCAUUGUAAUAAUACCUUGGUUGUCGUCAUAAUAUUUCUCAUAGUUUUAUUCAAUGUGUAUUCUUUUUAUGUUUAGUUUUCACUCGGUAUCAAAAAUUUUUUUAACUAAUCAAGUUUUUUUGUUAAUUGCAUUAACCAAAAUCAGGCAAUCAGAAAAAUAAAAUAAUUUAUUAAUCUUGUUUGAACCGAAUUUCAAUUGCGGAUAGACCUUUAAAAGAAUGAUUUUCGUAUGCAGUUAGCUGCACGAUAAUCGUGAUUUCUAUCAUCGGUAACGAAUAUUUUUCUACCAAAAUGGUGAAUGCCGAUAUUUUUUAUUUAUUUAUGUUUUUAUUAUUUUUAUUUCCCUCACUUUGUUCAGUGUUUCGAACAUCUUGAAAAAUAGUCACGAUUAAUUAUAAUUAUCACGUUUUCGGGUCACUGAAGCCGACUUGCAAAAUGACUGAUUUUAUGGGAUUGACGAAUUGGAAAAGAAACAAAUAGAGACAAAAUUUGGAAUUUCCAAAGUGAAAUUGAAAAAUUUUAUGAUUUUAAAUAGAACUUUUUUUUAGUCGAAAAAUUUAUUUUAUAAAUGAAAAGCAAAGAAUUACUAACUUCCCUCCAUUUACAUUCGUGUGUUGAUUUUUGCAAACGACAAAAUAAAUAAAAAUUAAUAAGGAAAUAUGAUUCAUAAUAACCAACAGAUAAAGAUAAUUCAGACGAAAAUAAGUUGAAUUCAGAAUUAAAGGCGAAAACCAGGAAUAGAUGUAACUUUUUUUAAUUCAUUCAUCAUAAAAUCGAUGACAAACUAUAAAUUCUACAAACAUGUUUUUUAGUAUCAAAUUAUAAUUUAUAUUUCAAUAAAGAUUUUUAAAAUCUAAAUUUUUAUUUUAAAUAACGAUUAAGAAUAAUAUAAAAAUUACAUUACAGAAAAAUAAUAGAUUAAUCGAAGAUUUUUUUUAAAAGAAUUUUGUAAGUUUAUGUGAAAUCGUUUGCUGUUUGGCUUCAGAACUAAAAGCAAUAUGAUUUCUUCUGUUAAUAAAUGACAGUUAAAGAGAGAAAAAAAAAUACUUAUAUAGACUUUACAUCAAUAACCAAUCUUUGACACUUUCUAUUUUUGAAUUGUGAAAUUAUUUAUUAUUCAUUUGAAGGUUAAAAAUAAUUUUUUAUAUAUUUAUGUAUCUGUUUUAUCUAUAUUUCAAUGAAUAUUGAUAAAAAUUAAUAUUUCAUUUGAAAUAAAAAUAAAAAAUAAAGCUAAAUUAUUUUUUACCGAAACAAUAAUAAAUAAUUCAAACGGCUUUCUUAAAUAUCUUUGAAUUAUAUGAAAAAUCAUUUGCGAUAUGGUACUCAAGCCAGAAACAAUGAUUUACAUUGGAAAGCGAUCAGUUUUUAAUCCUGUUUGUCAGUAUUUAUUUUUUAAUUUAAUAAAUAAAUAAGAAUAAUUUAUUAUUUACUUAAAGAUAAAAAAAUAAUUGCUCACACAUAUAUAGUUACAUUAUCAGAAGCAAGGAAACACUUCUCUGAAUUUUAAUUAUCAAUUUAUUUAUGUAUUUAUAUGUGGAUUCAGAAUGUGAAUUCUUAUUUCAUGGAUUUGUCCCGGCAUUCAAGCUAUGUGAAUGCUACAUAAUAAAUAUUGGUGUGAUAAAAGCUUAUAAAAAUGUGUUUUAUGAAAUAUAUUCUCUGUACGAUGUCGCAGCUUUAAAUGAAAAAUAACUUUAUGGUGAAAUAUUGUAUUUUUCUAUAAUGUAAACAUCGAUAUAUGAAAGUAUAUGUCGUCUGCAUCAACUUGAUAUGCAGAUGAAAAGUUACCUCAAUACUUCUACCGGCCGAUUUGUAAAUUAUA